CGCGGGCGUCCCGCGGAGCCGCCCGGCUGCAGGCGGCGGCACCGUGGCCGAGGCGGGCCGGGGAGCGCGGGGUCGGUGCCGGCGCACGGGGGCAGAAGGGGCCGCCACCGGCUGCCCCCUCAGCGCUGACCGGCACCGGCACCCGCCGCUAGCGGCCCCGGGGAGCAACGGAGCAGUAAAGGCCAGUGCGGCGGGGCCGCCGGGGAGAGCUCGUCCAGCAACCAGGAACUGCAGCUAGCUGUUAAAAUGAAUGUGUUGCCUCAAGCGAUCCUACAAAGCCCACUGGAGCAUCCCAGGUUCCUAGAGCAGACUGCUUGCCCCUCAUCAGACUUUGCAAGGAUUCAUUUGAUCAAAGACAAAGAUGGCAUAGAUGAUUAUUUGGCGAAGAAUAUCAAAGGGUUGUCAAAACAAGAAGCUGCCGCGCACAGGAAUUCAUACAAGAAGAACAUCUGCAUAGACAUGCUGCGCCAGGGUUAUCACGAGUCCUUCUCGGAGCUCUUUGCUCUGAUCCAGAAGUGGAAUGCCUUGAGGGAGGCUGCGGGGCCUGGGUCAGCCAUAUGGCAGCAGAAGUCCCUGGAGGAGCAGCCUGAGAAGCUGGAGCAGCUUCACUACUUCCUGACCAGGGCCGAGGCAGCCGGGCGAGCAGGGCACUAUGAGAAGGUAUAUGAUAACCAGCUUAAUUUGGCCUACUGUUUCAAUGACCCUGAGGAAAAAUGGUUAAGUAAUUACUUCUAUGAGCAAUGCUUUAACACUGCUAAACUAGUAAAAAUUGAUGGUGGGAAAAGAGAGGCACAAGCACAUGCAAAUAUGGGCCUCAUCAGUGAAGAACAAGGUCAUGUCAUGAAAGCUGCUAAACAUUAUGAAGCAUUUUAUCAGCUUACAGAGGGUCUGCCAUGGAAGGAUGAGACAGGCCAUACAUACUAUUCACUGGCGUGUAAGCAUCUCUGGAGAAUUUAUACAUUACUAGCAGACAAAAUGCUAGAAAAUAAAGAACACCAACAGGCCAUCAACAUGCUAAGAAAAGCUUUAGAAAUAGCCAAAAAAGGAGGCGAUAUGAAGAUCGAAGGAGAAGCUGCGUACUGCUUAAGUUUAGCAUAUGAUUUUGCUGGAGAUCAAGAGAGAGCGUUAUCAAUUUUGAACACCUCUGUAAAAAUCUUCACAGCGCUUAGUGAUUCUUCUGGCCUAGGCAGAGCAUACGCAGCUAUGGCCAAGAUCCUGGUAAGUCAGGGAAAAGCAGAUGAAACUGUUACAUGCCUGGGAGAGUUUAUGAAGGCUGCUGAGAACGCUCAUCUAAGCCAAAGCCAGGUGGAUGCCCGCGUAUUACUUGGGAAUAUCUACAACGAAAGAGGGAACUAUAAUGAAGCCUUUGAAUAUACCAGUCAGGCUUUUGAGGCAGCAAAAGCUUUAAAUAAUUUGCCCUCAGUGGGUGAAACAAAGACUUACCGUGGCAUUGUGGAGGCUCAUAAGCUGAUGGUGGCAUUUAAAAGCCAUAUAGAAGCAGAAGAUCCCGUCAGCCUCAAGUACCUGCUGGAAUGGAAGGAGAACAAAAGUGACAUGUGCACUGACCCUCUUACAGUCGAACUUGAUAAAGAAGCAAGUGCUUCAAAACCCCUGUGAUCUUCUUCCAAAGACACCAGUUCUAGAUCCUUUCUGAGAAUGCCUGCUUACUGACAGAGAAGCUGACAGAUGUAUAAUGAGUACAGGAAGAUCUUUGAAGAGUCAUGCAACAAAUUAGCAGUUUCGGUAGGAAUUUUGUCAUUUAAAUGGGAGCACAGUGUUGCAGUAUAAAUAUCGGAGAACUUUAAGUUCUUUUAUGACUGAAGUGUGACUUCGAAGUGUAUUACACAUUUUUAUAAAAAAUAGCUGGUGUCAUUGAAAUAAAUACAAAAGAGUAAUAUAGAAUAGAAAGUCUGCACUUUGUGCCCCUGAUGCUUAUUGUCUUCCAAAGUGUUGAGAUCCUCCUAUUCAGGUAUUAAACAUCCUUUAUGCCUACUGAAUGGGAAUCCAAGAUGCUCUAUACCUUGUAAGAUCAGGCUCUAAAUGUGUCUGGAGAGUUUUCUUUAAAUCCCAGAUUAUUGUCCCUUUCAGAAAAAAAUAAACUACAAGCUUGAUGCCUUAUUUGUAGGGCUAUCGGUGAUUUUAGUACCUGUGCUUAACAGUUGUGGUUCAACUGUAACUUGGAUAGAAUAGAUCCAGCCUGCAGGGCACACUAUGGUGCAAUUUUGAUCUAAUCUAUAACACAGGUUGGGCCCAAAACAAAACUAAUUUUGUUUAAAAUCUGGUUGAACACGCUCAUGAAACUGUUGCAAGCCUGUACAAUCAAGGCAUUUGAAAUGCCAUUGACUGUCCCAAGUGCAACAUCAAUCUAUAGGCACAGCUGAAACAACUAUAUCUAACAAUAAAAGUGCAUCUGGUAGAAUACCUGUAUGUCACAUUUUCAAAACUGAACCCAGAAUUCCCCUUUUAGCAAAGUCUGUGUUCAUUCACACAAUCAGAUAAACUAAAAUUCUGCUUAGAUUCUUUGUGAUAAAUAAUGUAAAGCACUGAUUUUGGAGUGACUUGUGUGGCCGUCACAGUCCUCAGAAGGCAUUUUCCAGCUACCAUCACUGCCGGCCUGAAGAAGAGUUAAAGAACAGAAGAUGGCAGUUAUUACUUUGCAGAAUAUAUGUAGAAGCAGGAUUUGGAACCUUUUUAUCAUUUCACACAUUAGAAAACAUGUUCUUUCAAACUACAUAAACAAAGCUCGAUGAAUCCCAGUAAUCAACCAUUCCUUUCUUUAAGCGGAGAUUUGCAAAUUCAGAGUUUGAAGUAAGGUCCAUUAGACCCGUCAUCAGUUUUUGUGACAGUCUUUGAACAAGCAAUUUCUUUUGCCAUAAUAAUAAUUCAAUUCACUGGUUUUCUUCAGCAUUGCAGUUUGAGUAACUGGUUGACAUGUGACAACAGGAUUUCUCCCUGUUAAGACAUGGUAAAAGUGUAUCAUUAACUAGCUCUUAUUUGACCAUUUUUGAUGAAGAUGCUGUGUGCAUGCAAUGUAAACACAAAUACCUCUAUAAUUUUAUUCUUUUACUUAGAGGUCUUUAUUGUCUGAACACCAAACUUAUUACAACAAUGUUCAUUUAGAAUGUUUUUACAAAGCUGAAAAGUUAUAUAACAAUCUUCCUACCUACAAUUAUGCACACAUACAAGCAUGCAAAUCUCUUUACGGAGUGUUAAAAAGAGGUAAACAGUUUAUGAAAACAAGGAAGGGAAACAGGACCAUGAAUUAAGUAUAAACAAUAACAGUGUCCAGUCUACCCCUGAUAUUUUAAUAUUAUUAAUAUGAAAUAUGAAAAACAUAGUUAAAAUAGCACAACUUUGCAAAUAACAUCUGAAAAUCCCAUUAAUCUGCAAACUCAUCUAAUCUUGAUAAGGAUAGCAGGACUGCUUUGUAAGACCUUGCUAUUUUUAGAUAUUACUAAUUUGUUUUAUCAGAAUACUGUCAAAAGAAAAUAUUUGAAUUUAUCUUUCAUAGUAAAGAAAUAUAUAUAAAAAAUAAACCUAUCAGACAUUCCAGUAAAUAUGAUUAUCAGUUUUUCAAGGACAAGUUUCUAAAUUCUUAAGUAUUUUGAGCCUCACAUAUGUUUCUGUGGCAAGUGAACAUGUCCCAGAAGUUAUUAUGUGGUUAUAUUAAAUAGCAUCCAUGAUCAUCACUAUUUUUUGCCAAUCUGCACUCAUUACUAAGUGAUAACUUUUGUAUGCUUGUGAAAAAAUGGUCACAAGUUAAUCCUCUAGAGUAUUAGCACUCCCAUACUUUUAAACUAUACUUUUAAGCCGUAAAGCUUUUAAUAAAAAUAAGGGGACUACUAUCAUCCUAUAAUAAUGGAAGUGAAAGUUGUGUUCCUUAGAGUCAGGAAGCUCUGGGAGAAAAUUAUUUUUAUUGAGCUAAAUGUAGCUGCUUCUGAUCCCAGUAAUAAUUUGUCUGAUGAGUAACUACCUCUCUGACAGGAUGCAGGCAUUGUUCUGUUCCUUGCAAACGUUUUCAGUGAGAAAACAAAGGCUCUGCUUUUCCUUUCAAAUUAAUGGGGCAAGGAGGUUGAGCAGAAUGUUGUUCCAUACAUUAUACUUCAGACAGGAACCUGGAAUAAACUGCUCUUGGAAGGAGUCAGCUUCAUGGGUGAUGACCAGACCUCAUUGUAAUGCCUCCCAUCAUCCAGCCAAAAGCACAGUGCUCCCUGGUACUUGGCUGCAGUAUCAAUUCGGUAUUGCUUUAGAAGAAAAAUCACCAUUUACUGAAUCACAGAAUCACAGAAUGUUAGGGAUUGGAAGGGACCACAAAAGAUCAUCUAGUGCAAUCCCACUGCCAGAGCAGGAACACUUAGAUGAGGUUACACAGGAAUGUGUCCAGGCAGGUUUUGAAUGUCUCCAGAGAAGGACACUCCAUAACCCCCAUGGGCAGCCUGUUCUAGUUUCUUCUCAAAUUUAAGUGGAACCUCUUGUGUUCCAGUUUGUACCCAUUAUCUCUUGUCUUACCAUUGGUUGUCACCAAGAAGAGCCUGGCUCCAUCCUCGUGACACUCACCCUUUAUAUAUUUAUAAACAUUAAUGAGGUCACCUCUCAGUCUCCUCCAAACUAAAGAGACCCAGCUCCCUCAGCCUUUCCUCAUAAGGGAGAUGCUCCACUCCCUUAAUCAUCUUUGUUGCCCUACGCUGGACCCUCUCCAGCAGUUCCCUGUCCUUCUUGAAUGAGGGGCCCAGAACUGGACACAAUAUUCCAGGUGUGGUAUUACCAGGGCAGAGUAGAGGGGAAGGAGGACCUCUCUCGAUCUACUAACCACCCCGCUUCUAAUACACCCCAGGAUGCCAUUGGCCUUCCUGGCCACAAGGGCACAGUGCUGGCUCAUGGUCAUCCUGCUGUCCACCAGGACCCCCAGGUCCCUUUCCCCUAUGCUGCUCUCUAAUAGGUCAUUCCCCAACUUAUACUGGAACCUGGGAUUGUUCCUACCCAGAUGCAAUACUCUACACUUUCCCUUGUUAUAUUUCAUGCAAUUUUUCCCCACCCAGCUCUCCAGCGUUUCCAGGUCUCGCUGGAUGGCAGCACAGCCUUCUGGCGUGUGAGCCACUCCUUCCAGCUUGGUGUCAUCAGCAAACUUGCUGACAGUGCACUCUAUUCCCUCAUCCAAAUCAUUGAUUAAUAUAUUGAAUAAUACUGGUCUCAGUACCAACUCUUGAGCACUCCACUAGAUACUGCCCACUAGCACUCCAACUGGACUCUGCCUCAUUGACCACGAAUCUCUGGCUUCUUUCCUUCAGCCAGUUCACAGUCUUCCUCACUACCUGAUCAUUCAGACCACACUUCCUCAGUUUAGCUGUAAGGAUGCUGUGGGAGACUGUGUCAGAUGCUUUACUGAAAUCAAGAUAGACUGCAUCUACUGCUCUACCAUCAUCUACCCACCUGGUUAUGUCCUCAUAAAAGGCUAUGAGGUUGAUCAAGCACGACUUCCCCUUGGUGAAGCCAUGUUGACUGUCCCUAAUCACCCUUUUAUCCUUGAUAUGCAUUGAGAUGGCACCAAGGAUAAGUUGUUCCAUCACUUUCCCAGGGAUAGAGGUGAGGCUGACCGGUCUACAGUUACCCAGGUCCUCCUUCUUGCCCUUUUUGAAGACUGGAGCGACAUUUGCUUUCCUCCAGCCCUCAGGCACCUCUCCUGUUUCCCAAGACUUGGCAAAGAUGAUGGAGAGUGGUCCAGCAAUGACCUCAGCCAGCUCCCUCAACACCUGUGGGUGCAUCCCAUCUGGAUCCAUGGAUUUAUGGAUGUCCAGAUUGCUUAAUUGCUCCCUAACCCAGUCCUCAUCAACCAAGGCAAACUCCUCCAUUGUCCUGACUUCCUCUGGGACCUCAGGGGUACAGGGCUCCUCAGGACAGCCUCCAGCAGAGUAGACAGAGACAAAGAAGGCAUUCAGUAACUCUGCCUUCUCUGUAUCUUCUAUCACCAAGGCACCCACCCCAUGCAUCAGUGGGCCUACAUUGCCUCUGGUGCUAGUUUUAUCUGCCCCGUAUUUGAAAAGGCUCUUUCUGUUGUCCUUGACCCCUCUCACCAGGUUUAAUUCUAAGGAGGCCUAAGCUUUCCUAGUUGCCUCCCUAUAUCCACUGACAACGGCCUUAUAUUCUUCCCAAGUGGCCAGCCCCUCCUUCCAUGAUCUAUAAACUCUCCUCUUCCACUUGAGCUUACUCGGCAGUUCCGUGUUUAACCACGCAGGUCUCCUGGCUCCCUUCCUUGACUUCCUACGUGUCAGGAUGCUCUGAUCUUGAGCUUGGUAGAAGCAGUCCCUGAAAGCUAACCAUCUUGGGCCCCUUUACCUUCAAGCAGCCUUGCCCAUGGGAUUUCCCCUAGCAAUUGUUUGAAAAGGCCAAGUUUGCCCUGCUGAAGUGCAGGGUUGCAAUUCUGCUUGCUAUUCUGUUACUGCCACAGGAGAUCCUGAACUCCACCAUUUCAUGGUUGCUGCAGCCAAGGCAGCCCUCAACCUUUACUGCUUCAACCAGACCCUCCUUGUUAGUGAGGAUGAGGUCCAGCAGUGUUCCUCUCCUAGUUGGCUCCUCCACCGUUUGCAUCAGAAAGUUAUCAUCAAUGCACUGGAGGAACCUCGUGGACUGUGGCUGGCUGGCUGAAUGGUCCUUCCAGCAAACAUCAGGGAAGUUAAAAUCCCCCAUGACAACCAGGGCCUGUGACUCUGAGGCCUGUAGAAGGGCCUCAUCUACUUCCUCAAACCUGAUCUGGUGGCCUAUAAUAGACGCCCACAACAGUGUCACCCCUGCCAGCCUGCGCCUUAAUUCUCACCCAUAGACUCUCAACUCGCUCCUCAUCCAUACCUGGACAGUAUUCAAUACAUUGUAGUUGCUCUCUCAUGUAAAGAGCAACUCUACCACCUCGCCUGGCUGGCCUGUCUUUCCUGAGAAGGACACAGCCAUCCAUGACCACAUUCCAGUCAUGUGAGCUGUCCCACCAUGUCUCUGUAAUUACCACCAGAGUUACCAAUGCUUCUUCUAACAUCGCUUUCCUUAGUCUUGUUUGUAAGAUUUGCUGAGAUCACAGCUCAAAUUACUAUAAUGGAACUAUUGUCCUUUGUCUUUUUAUGUGAGAGGUGCUCUAAUUUCUUUAAAGAGCUCCUCAUAUGGAACAGAAUCAUUCUCUACUCUGCCUUGUUCAUUGUCAUUGCAAUCCUUCCACCAAGUUUUUUGAGGAAGCCUCCCAUCCCCUGACCCUUAAGACUUUGCAAUCACAAAGGAGGGCUCAUGGGAGAGUAUGAAUCGCAGUUGCAAGUUUUUCCAUGCUCUGAGAAGUUGUAGGCAUAGUUGACUUGAAUGAAGUUAAGAAAGCAGGUAAAUCCAUUUAGCCUAUAAUGCCAGCUGUCUGUUUCGAAACAAAGACUUGUCAAACAUAUUAUAGCGGUUGAAUCUCUGAAUAGUUCUGAAAUGUAAAAUUGAUGUCUCUAAAAUCUACAUCUUGUGGGUGCCUAAGGUAUGUGAGACUGGCAAUUAAGAGUGCUUUUUUAAUAGGAUUUUCAUAGGUGUCACUGUGGAGGUAUCAGAUGGUAUUGACUAAGGAUUCAUAGCAGAGGGGAAGGUUGUACCUCAGAAAAGAUUCUGUUCAUAAUUAUUAAAAGCAUGUUUUCUGACCAUUAAUAGGGUAUAUCUUGUUAAUUAUAAUUAUGUUAAGGUAUUUCACCAUUUACCUGUGAAGCCAUUUAGAAAAUUAAUGUUUGAGUCACAGAAGGGUCAUUGCCAUUCUGGAAGGAAUCCAUUCAUUUCUAAAUAGGCCAUCCAAAUAUAGACUUAAGAAAUACACUAUAUGUAAAUACCUGGAAAGAGAUGGAAUAAAUAAUAUUAAUUAUAGGUAUUACUAAAGCCACAGUUUAGUUUCCUGCUAGGAAAAAGUAAAGCGUAACUGGAAGAAACAAGAAUAUACAUGUAAAAAUGCAAGACAUAGGUUGAAGUCUUAAGUAGUUAUGUGAAAUUCAGCUGUUACACAAGGUGAGAACUCAUCAGCCUUCAGAAGUGGUGUACAUCACAGACCUUGUCCUGAGAUUCAGUCUCAUAUUUCUGAAGACAGCUCCUACAAAGAAGAGAAUGAGGACAAUUUAUUUUUUUCAAAACUGUGCCUUGUUUGACAGCAUAACUUCAUAGUAUCUCUGUAUUUGCCACACUUGUACCUACAAGUAGAUAGAAACGUAUGUGCUGUCUUUGAAGAUAAACAAAUAAACAUGUUAAUGAAUA